UCACCCCGUGGAAGAUAGACCUUGGCUUUGCACCUCUCUGGGGAAGAAGGUCGCCGGGCUGUGCUGUCGCCAUGUCUUUUCGAUUUUCUGGGGGAUCCAGGGUCUGCUCUCGAGCUGGGUCUGUCAGGCUGUCCAGGGGAGGGGCGGGCUUUGUGGCUGGGAAUGUGUGUGUUGGGCCCGGAGCAGAAAGCAGCUUUUCUUGCACCCUUGGGGGAAUCUCUUCUGGGGGAGGCUUUGGCCAUGGCAGUGAGGUGUCAGGAAGGGUUGGUGGCACUAGUUUCCUUAACAACGAGCCUGGACUCUUCUCUGGGAAUGAGAAAGUGACCAUGCAGAACCUCAAUGACCGGCUGGCCCUGUACCUGAACCACGUAAGUGCUCUGGAGGAGGCCAACACUGACCUGGAGAAGAAGAUCGAGGGCUGGUAUGAGAAAUAUGGGCCUGGCCGUGGCCGUGGACUUGACUAUGACUACAGCAAGUAUUUCUCAGUCAUUGAGGAUUUGAAAAGACAGAUCGUUUCUAUGACCACCUGUAAUGCCAACCUUAUUCUUCAAAACGACAAUGCCAGACUCACAGCUGAUGACUUCAAGAUGAAGUAUGAAAACGAGCUUGCUCUGCACCAGAGUGUUGAGGCUGACACCAACGGUCUUCGCAGAGUGUUGGACGAGCUGACGCUUUCUACAACUGACUUGGAAAUACAGUGUGAGGCUCUGAGCGAGGAGCUGACAUACCUCCAAAAGAACCAUGAGGAGGAAAUGGGAGUCCUGCAAAACGCAUCAGGGGGGAACAUCAAUGUGGAGAUGAAUGCGGCCCCGGGUGUGGAUCUAACGGCCAUGUUGAACAACAUGAGGGCAGAAUACGAAGAUUUGGCUGAGCAGAACCGAAGAGAUGCAGAGGCCUGCUUUAAAGAGAAGAGUGCAACGCUGCAGCAGCAGAUUUCAGAUGACGCGGGAGCGGCCUCGGCGGCCAGAAAUGAGCUGAUGGAGCUGAAACGCAGUCUGCAGACUCUGGAGAUAGAACUUCAGUCCAUCUCAGCGAUGAAACAGUCGUACGAGAGUUCAUUGGCUGAGACCGAAGGGAAUUACUACAGUCAACUCCAGCAGAUCCAGGAGCAGAUCCGGGUGCGGGAGGAGCAGCUGCAGCAGAUCCGAACAGAGACGGAAGGCCAGAAGCUGGAGCAUGAGCAGCUGCUGGGCAUCAAAACGUGCUUAGAGAAGGAAAUUGACAUGUACUGCAACUUACUAGAUGGAGAGGAACGGAGAAGUGAGUCCACGGGGUACAAACCAAUGGAUGGCAAGCCUGUGAAUGAAGCCAAUGACUCAACGGAAGAAACGUUUGUCAGAACAAUGGUCGAAGAGCUAGACCAACUUGGCAACCUCCUUUCCCUGAGAGUGCACUCCGUAGAAGAAAAAUCUUCUAAAAUCAGCAACAUCACCAUGGAGCAGCGGGUGCCUUCCAAAACCCCGUGAUGGCGGAAAGGUCAUUCAUAAAACACGAAGCUGCCUCUGCAGAAUUCCGCUGGUCAAGUAACCCAAGAAAAUUAUCCAUGCCUGUUCUUAACGCUCAAAGGACUAGACUCGGGUUUCCUUUUCUUCCUCUUCUCUUACUGUCAUGGGCAACACAGAUGGAGUACAGGGACCCUUCUUUGACAGAGAAAAGAAAUCCUUGGAGAGCCAAUAUGAAGCAGAGCUGAGGAAUUACUAAAAGACAUUUUUAACUUGGAUCUGAAGCAUGGAUCCAUAGAGAGGUGUUCAGGGCAGGGAUGAGAUGUACCCAAGCAUCAGUGUGGGCUUCUCCCAAGACAGUCACUAUUUUGUUGUUGUUGUUGUUGUUGUUGUUGUUGAG